GAGAGAGGGGGGCAGAGGGAGAGCACCCUCGGGUCAGUGGGCAACUUCUCCUGCUGACUGUCACUCAUACAACAACCGACUUUUCAAACACACAACUUCUCUCUCUCUCUCUUUCUGUCAUCGGGCCGGUGAUCAUCCUGCACAUUAAUACGGGAGGGAGAGAGAGAGAGAGAGAGAGAGGACAGAGAGGAGAGAGAGAGAGAGACUGGGAGAGAGGGAGGCUUUAACCGGCCGCUAGCGCUGGACUGGAGUCUGGGCCGCCGCCACCCGCCCGCCAGGUCGUGAUCAAGUGAGAAGGAUUUUGAAAAGAUUCAUCUUCAUCACAUCAAUUUCCAUUUUAAUUGUUUGGCACAGCACCAUGAAAGCUAGCAGCAGAAAUAAAGACCACUCAGCAGAUGGCGAUGGAACUGGAAAGAGACCAAAACGGAAGUGUCUUCAGUGGCAUCCGUUGCUUGCCAAAAAGAUGCUGGACUUCUCUGAGGAGGAGGAGGAGGAUGAGGAAGAUGAAGAUAUUGAUAAGGAUGCUCUGAGCACAGAGGGACUUGAACAUGAGGCAGAUGAGACAGAUGACGACUCUUCUGAACAGCGAGCUCGCAGGCCAAUGAAUGCAUUUCUUCUGUUCUGCAAACGGCACCGCUCUUUGGUUCGGCAACAACAUCCUCGUCUAGACAACCGUGGUGCUACAAAAAUUCUGGCAGACUGGUGGUCUGUCUUAGAUCCAAAGGAAAAGCAGAAAUACACUGACCUUGCUAAAGAGUAUAAGGAUGCUUUUCUAAAGGCCAACCCUGGUUACAAAUGGUGUCCAACAACAAACAAGCCACUGAAGAGUCCAUCACCUACUGUCACAACAAGGAAGAAGCUUUGGACGUUUCCAACAGAACCAACAAAGGACUUUCCCAUCAUCAAAAGGGUGGUAAAGACUGAGGAAAUGCCACAAAUCAACUUUGCUAUGGCAGAUCCCACUCAAAUGGGAGGACUCAGCAUGCUGCUUUUAGCGGGAGAACAUGCCUUAACAGCCAAGGAGAUUUCAUCCAAUACAACACAGCCAGGGGUUCCUGAUUCAAAGCAGUGUGGGAAUUCUGCAUUAUUUCAGCUAGCAGAGAUGUGUUCAGACCGGUUGGUAACAGAAGGAGUAAAAACUGAAUCUUCUACAAUUAUCCUGGAAGAUGAACAUAAGCCUGAAAUCCCCACUGUUAAUUCUCCAAUUGAUACAAAGAAUGACAUUGAUACUAAGCCAAGGGAGUGGAUUGCUAAUGAAAAACCAUUGUCUUUGCUAACUGACAAUUCUAUGGCAAGUCUUAACAAAGGUGAAAAAAUUAAGAAGAAGAAGAAGAAGAAAGUUAAACUUGACUCUACCAAAGUUGAUAAACAGACAUUUAAAAAAAGUGGAAAGAAACGGAAAUCUUCUGAGUCUGACAUAGAUAGUUUAAUGUAUACUAUUGAUGCUGUGGCUAAAGGUGACUGGGGCACUGAAAAGCCUUCAGUAAGUCCAGUAAAAAGUGGACGAUGCUCAGCAAAGUCAACUGAAAAUCAAUUACACUCUGUCUCCAGCCCACCAAAGAAAAAAAUUAAACCAAAACCAAUAAAAUUAUCUGCUGAGAAAGUUUCAGAACUCAACAAACACUCAAAGGUGUCUGAUUCUGAGAAGAUUACCACCAUCCCCGUCAAAACUGAAACAUUUCCUAUAACUGAUCAACUGCUUUCACAUAGUGCACUAAGUGAAGUGAAAGGUGAAAGCAAGGAAAUCAACAAAAAAACAGAAGCUUCUGGGUCCAGAAAAUCUGAACGAGCAUGUAAAGGUGCCCUUUACAAGACUUUAGUGUCAGAAGGCAUGUUGACAUCUUUACGGGCUAAUGUUGACAGAGGCAAGAAAGCUUCAGGGAAAGGGGGAUCGUCUGAUCAUGAAGGAUGUUGGAAGGAGGAAGACUGGACAUUUUCAAAUGUUGGAAGCAGUGGAACCAAAAAGUUGAAGAAAUUGAAACAAAAAGAUGAAUCGGCCCUUGGCUUAGGGAAUCUAGAGCAGGAAUUUGAAAAGAAAUUCAACAGCCUUCCUCAAUACAGUCCAGUAACCUUUGACCGCAAGAACUCAACAAUGACAAGGAAAAAGAAGAAGAAUAGGAGUGGAUCCACUGAGCAACUGAAGUGUGAUAAAGGAUCAUCUGCACCUCAGAAAAUAGUCAGCAAGUUUAAACACCAAAAGGACACACUUCAUUUAACUGAUAAAGCCAUAUUCCCACAAGAUACAAACUCUGAGGAUCAUGCGGAGAAAGAAGAUCAUGCACCAUCAAUUCCAAGCAGUCUACUAAUGGUCACACAAGAACCACUCGUUGGCAGCCAAAAGCGCAAGGCCAGAAAAACAAAAAUAACACACCUAAUCCGAACAGCUGAUGGACGAUUGUCACCUGCAGGGGACCUAACAAAGGAGAAGAUGUUAUGUAAACAGGAGAAGAAAAAGCAGCCAGUAAAGACAGAUGGUUUGACUAGUGGAGUCAACUAUGGUAGCUCAGAAAAUGAACAGGCUUGCAGUAUUUCACCAGAAGUGCAAACUACAUCAGCUAUCCCAGCAUUCUUCAGUUUAGCUGCCUUGGCAGAGGUUGCGGCAAUGGAAAAUGCACACAGAGGCCAACAUUCAGUUUCUCUGAACCACGAUGGACAGCCCAAGGAAAUGGCGCAAACGGCAGUACUUAUCUCCUGUGCAGACCAAUAAUCUGUGAUUGAUUUGUAUCCCAACAAAAUCUGCAAUGCAGAGGGAUGAAUCCAUAAGGCCUGAUAUUGACUGCAUUGUGGGAACCUCACCUUUCCAUGGCUGGACAGGGAGGCACAGUCUGAAUAACGUCCCAUAAGCUCAGAAUAUAAACGAAUGGGGCUAAUUUCCUCAGCUGUUGCACCCAAUCUGAAGACAACUUGGUUAUAUAAAAGAAUUGCUGUUACACAGAACAAAAGGCCAUGAAAUCUACUGGCAACUCUUGCAGUUGGACGCUGUGCGAUUAGAGUGUGAGCUACUCAGAUUUGCUGCAAAUUUUAGCUUUUCUCAAGUAACACUGAUGCACUGUGCUAGUGACUAGAUAUCGUCAAGUUCUCUUUGUUUUCCCUAUUUUUAAAAAAGAAGCACAUUAUGAUUUAAGUUUUAGAAAAACUGUAAUCAUGAACUUCUACCUGAUCACUGAAAUGAUGGUGGGAAGAAAAUAUAUUAUUAAAAAUACUUAACAUUUUGCUCAUUACAUUAAGAAAUUUUAUUUCAACAGCAUCUACUUAGUUGAAAAUAUCUCUUACUCUGUAGUUGAGUUUAAAAGCGAAUCUGCCUCUGAACAGAUGGUACAUUUUUUUUUACACACUGUUUUUGCUUGAGUUUUUUUUUCCAUAAUGACUUCAUACCUAUUGUUUUCGCGUUAUAUUGCUAAACCUCACUGACCCUGCACUGGGCCAGUUUACUGGACAUGACUGUUUUCCUAUAUACUGUCAAGAUAUGUAAAAUAAUUUGCUUAUUUUUUUAAGCAAUUAGGCACUAAUAGUGGCAUAAAUCCUGUAAGCUUUUUAGGUCCCAACUGUUGCACUGCUGUGUUUUUUACAGUGAAUGAUUAUUAUGAUGGUUGUAGGGUUACUAAUUCAGCAAAUUACUGAAGAGAAAUUCAGGUUUUAUUUCAGGUUGCAGAAGUAUAUCAGCACAAAGAAAUCAACAUCUUCUGUCAGACCAACAGCUAGAAUUACUGAUGUUUUGUACUACUUUGUUUAAAUGCAAAAUAUUUUAUUCCUAUAUUAGUUGAAGAUCAUGUUACCAGAAUGGGAAAACAACUGGGAAUUACAAAGAACAUUUCAAAGUAGUUGUUCAAAUUUUAAGGGUAUUAUUCUACAGUCUCAAACACAGUUCUUAUGCAGUUCAGUGAAGUCACAGUAAUACAGAUGUAAUUAUAAGCUAUGUUGUAUUUUAUGGUUGUUAGUUCAACAUCUUGAUACCAGUAAUCCUGAAAAUAGAUUAAUACUGUGCAAGCAGUAGUCUUAUUUUCAGGACAUUCGCAAGGAUCAUUUAAUAUUUAAUAAGCACCACAGAAUGGAAUAGUACAUGCUGUUCACAGCAAUGAAACUUGGUUAUUUUAGUAAAUUUUUAUUGGAAUUUGCAAUGAAAUAGUACAGUUAAAAUGAAACAAAUUUUUCCAAAGCAUUCCUACUGAUUAAACACUUUUUUCUGGACUAGGUCUGAAUUAAUCUUAUAUUUGGUGUGACACUUAUAACAGAGAUGUUAACAUGGGCUCAUUGAGCCUUUGUACUAAUUUUAUACAUCUUUUGACAAAAUGAUCAUAUGCCCUACAAUUUACAUUUGCAAAGUUAAAAUUUAAACUUUCAAGAUUUAUAUUUUAGAUUGGUGAGUAGAAUUAGUGAAUCAGACGAGUGACAGAAUAGCAAAGAGCCAUUAUUUCAGAGUAUGUGCCAUUACUUCAGAGUUCUAAAAUAAGAUACACUUAACAGUUAUUUUAAUAAUAGAUUAAUUAUUAUAAAUUCAAAAGUAAUCUUGAUUGUCAGGUUAAUGUGCUUUUUCAAAUUCAGUAAAGGAACUUGAUUUGGCUUUGUGAACUAGACAGGUGCUUUGAAGAUCUAAAGUGUUUGCCUCAAAGAAGAUUUGUGGUAAUGUUGGUCAUUCUCAGGACUUCUAAAAGUGAUACAAAAAGCUUUCAGUAACGCCUUAAAUGGUACAAGCCAUCAUGAUUCUGUUUUUAUUUAAAUUUGCACUCUUGUGCUGUUUUUGUUAAUUAUACUGACAGUUCUACAUUGUAUCUUUACCCCAGGUAUAAUCUGCUAACAAUGAGGAACAAAUAAAACUAUUGCUGAGGACUUGUACCAAAUAUAUGACCAAUGAUGUCUUCCAACAGCAUGUGCCACUGAACAUAAUAGUAUGUGGGCAGCAAAUGAAACCAGAAGUAAGCUCACCAUGUUAGUUCUGCAGUGAAAUCAUAGUGAAGAAGAGAGGCUGGGGAUGCGUGGGGAAAAUAGUAGCUGUGAUUAUAGGAGCUGGUGGAGGAAUCGGGAGGGAAUUUGAUUCUGUACAGAAUGCAAAGCACAGAAACCUGAAUACAUCUACUUGUAUGACUCGGAUAAGGGAAAUAAAUAUAUACUUCACUGUUCAAAGAAACUUCAGCUACUAGAGCAUGUAUUGUUUUCUUAUUGGAAAUGUACAACCAACUGCAGGAUCCACUUAAAUGUUGUGUUAGUUGAUGGUUCAUAUUUCAACUUUGAAUACAUUGGGAAGAUCAUAAAAAUGAUUAGUAAGUUCUAAACAUUGCCCAGAUACAUGAAACUGGUUCACCUGGAUCUGCAAAUAUCAUCCAUCAAAUCCUUUACCAAAGUGAAUUUUUGGCUGCAAAGACACAAUCCCUAGGAUGAGUUUUGGAACUGGCACAUCAUCAACAGGGAAAUUAAUGUAUCAGAAUUGUUGAUUGAAUUGCAAUACCAAACUAGCCACAUAUAUUUUAGAAAGCUAAGGCUGUAUUACUGUAUUCUGGGCUUCGGUCUUAACUGCUGACACAGAAGAUAGAUGCACUUUUCUCAACCAACAAUAUAUGAAACUGUAAAACAAACAUCCCGAUUUUUCUUUGCGCGGAAUUUGAAAUUUGCCAUUUAUUUUUCCAGCCACGGAGUACAGGCCAUGAUUAGGCAUAAAGUAGCUGGAACACUCCAUCCUGGUAACAUGAUCCUUUAUACAAUUGUAUGCAGCUUUAUACAAUAUUUUGUUUCUCUUUUCACUCUAGCUGUAAAUAACAUCUUGUUAAAGUUUUGUGAAAUUGUCAUCUUCGCUUGUCAUUAGAAAUAUCGUCUUUUCCUUGUUGUAGAAACCAGCUUCUGCCCAAAGUCUAGCUAAUAUUUAAAAAUGGAGAAGUACACAAAAGUAACUGUAUUUAAAUGUUACAAUGCUUUUUCACAAAAGUUGAGUAUAAUGAUAAAAAUGUCUACUUUUUAUGCCUGACCAAGUAGAAUACAAUUCAUUGUAUUUUUGCAUUAAUUUUGUUUGUUUUACUGUUAAGUGACGUUUCCAUGACAUUGAUAGGUGGGUAUGGAGUUUAAUAGUGAGCUCCUCCUUUGAAUUAUAGAAAGAGAGUGUGACUAUUUUGAAGUAUAGCUUAUUGCACUUGAUAUCACUUUUUUAGCAUGUGAAAAGACUGCAAAAUUUGAUCACCAAUGUAGAGAAGUGAGAGUUCCUAAACCAGGUAAUUGAAUGCCUAUCAGCUGUCCUGGUGCCUAUUCUGGAAGUGUACCCAUUUGCUUACAAAGAGCUUUACUAUUCAUGGAUUGAGCAAAGCAAAUAACAGGGAGAAUUAAUGAAUCAUAUCUGUAUAAUACUGCUUCUGUUUUCACUACAGUAAAUUGUUAUGGGAGAAGCAGUGGAAAUAGCAGGAGCUAUUACAGAGUGAAUGUACUGUUCUUGCCACCAUUGUGCAGAAGUGGACAGUAGGAUGGAUAUCGCUGAAUUUUUCUUUGUGGCUCAAUCUUUCCUUUCCUGAAGCGUUAGCACACUUAAAUUUUGCCCACUGUGCAUAUUUGAAUGGACACAUCGUGUGAAACUUGGGUCUGUGCCAGAAAUCUCUCCAGGCUUCUGCUCCAAUGCCAGAACCUUAGAAGUUGUUUGAUGGAUACCCUGUAAAAAUACGUUCUGUGGGAGUGAAUGUAGGAAGGCCCACAGUAGAAAUUUAACAACCAGGCAAUUAACCCUGAUAUGCAUUCAACUUCAUUACCAUCUUUAAACAAACAUAUUUCUUGGGGAAUUUGGUUUGUUGAAGAUUUGAUACUUGAUAUAACUAUUGGAAAAAUUCAUAGAACAUUUAUACAUUGGGAUUACAUAUUACCAAAUUUUAUUUUGAUCAUUUUUAAAAAUGCUGAAUCAUUGAAGGUUAGUUAUUAAAUCAGUUCAGAGAUUAUUUCUACAUAGAAAACAUCCUAUGAUUAUAUUUCUUUUAAGUGAGUUGCAAUAAUAGUUAUGUAAGGCUUCUAAUUUGUUCCUCCUGCUGGAAUUGUUUGUGUAACUAAAAUGAUGUAAUGAUCUGCCAAUCUACAUGGUAUUACAAGUUACACUUUUAGUUUUAGCAACCUAAGAAUUUCCAUUAAUCUGCAUGGGAAUAGUCCAGGCAAUUUCAGUCUGAUAUGUACAGAAGGUUUAUCUAAUCCUUGAUUUAAGUGUUUUAUUUACAAAGCAUCACAUGCAUAAUUUAUAGUAGCAUAUUUUAAAUAGCUUUUGGUAUUAAGAAAUGCAAUAACCAAUCACUUUUUCUAUUGUGAGUACAAUGAAUGAGACAGUUAAGGGUAGGAUUGUAUGUAUAUUUGGAGUUCAUUCUCCUGUAGAAAAGGUAGAAAGCAAUCGAACAGUCUUAAAGGCAUAACUCUAUUACCUGCAUACAAAGACAAAAAAGACUAAUUUUGAUUACAAACAUUUAGCUCAUUUAAAUUUGUUGAAGACCAAGUUGAUAAGUCACUCAAUUUUUCAAAGCCUGUGUCGUAAAAAUGAAUAAUAAUUUGUUAAACUGAGCAUUAAUAGAUUUAUUGUUAAAGAUUACUCUGAAUUAGAAUGGAGAUGGCAGCAGAUUAUUAUUGUCAAGUAACUAAUAAUCAUUCAGACAAGAAAUCCUGGGAUAUUGAUCUAAUUUCAUUGUAGAUGUGAAAAUAUGCUUUCUGGAUGGAAUUUCGUAAUUCAGAUAUAACAUGCACAUCUUUAUUGUAGAUGUUUAUUUUAAAUAUUAGAACUUUAACAGAUAAUAUAAUGUAAUUUCUUUUUUACCUUCUAUUGUAAGGCAUAGCUUAAGAAACUGAAAAUGUGCAGUGUCUAGAAGACAGUUCUCUGGCCUUAAAAUUACUUAAGUUUUUCUUAAAUUGGAAUUGAAAACAAAGACAGCUUUACAAAAUUUAAAUUUUUUAAUAUUGUUAUGUCUUAGUUAUAAUUGCUGCAGUAACAAUGUAGCCAAAGGGUUCAUUUGUAGUAGUAUUUCUUACACAUUGUUUGAAGUUGAAUGAAGAAAAUGUUUACUUUUUAAAAUAUAUAUAUAUUGAAAGGAAAAUAAGUCUACUGACCUAGUUGUGUCUACAAACUAACAUCUUUUAUAUUACACCCAUUUGGUCAGGUUGAAGCCUUGGCCACAGUAAUUAGUCCAGUAGAAAUCCCAAAUAACAAGAGGAAUACAAUGAUAAAACAUUGUGUAAUGUACCAUUAAAAGCAUGGAGUGUGGCCUAAAAAGGGAGGCGGGAAGCUGUAAUGCACCUAAUCUAUUGACCAAAUGUAUGAUGCAAUUUAAUAAUUUAUAAAUAUUUGUUUUUGGCCAAUUAAAAUGAUUUCAGUAGUAUAUUUGUAAAUGAUGGCUCACCAAGUAGGCUGAAAUAUUUAAUUUUUUUUUGGAAAGGGGUAGAAUGAUGUAAUAAUGUACAGUUCAUUUUAAUUUUAAUACCAAAAAUGCAGGGAUGUUUUCUGAUUCACAAAAAAGUAUUAAAGGAAUUAUAUUUCAUUAGAAUAAAAAGCAAAUUUAUAAAUACAUAGACAGUCUGAAUGAUAUUUACUAACUUUGAAGACCAGCAUUAAUUUCUGUCACUAUUCGAACCAUUAGGGUUUAGUUAAAACAGUUAAAAUGAAGAUCAACACCUUGCGCACUCAUUCCAGACCAACAGGGAAAUGUUUGGGCAUACUUCUAAUAAUUGUCAAUUGUUUUUGAACUUCAAAUUAAAAUUUCUAAUGGUUAAAUUAAACAAGGCUAUUAACAGCAAUGUUUGUUUAAUGCUUGAGAAAAUUAAUAUCAGACCAUUUGAAAUAAAUAACUAAAUUAAGAGCAGACUACACACACAGAAUUGCAUUGUCUGCAGUUUCAAUUUUACACAUUCAAGGCACUUGUUGAAAGACAGAAAAUGUCCAUUUUAUCCUUGAGUUGAUGAAAUAAAUCAAUUAUGGAGCACAAGAAAACUUUAAUUUAGUUUAAUUGUUCAUUCUCUUUCAAAAAUGAUCACAUAGUAAUUUUGAUUCCAAUUAAAAAUUAGUCUGGAGGGCUUGUUUAAAUAGUGCUAUUAUAAUAUUCUUUCAAAUGAAAUGCCAACCAUCUGGUUUUUAGAAGUUCCUGGAAAUAUUUGGACCACUCUCUUUUAACUGUUAGUUUGAUGUGAAUUUCUAUUCCUUCUCCUGAGAGGUGGAAAGAAUGCAUUGGUGAGCUUUGAGGAAGCUAGGUCACUGUCACUGAAUGAACCAAUAAUUUUGAUAUUAACACUGCAUUAGGAAAAGGCCAUAAUUUUUUGAGAUAGACAGAUCACAAUCAACAAUUCUUCCCUUCAGUGUUUGGAGGCCUUUGGUGAUCCAGAUACUUUAAAUCAUUUAUACUGGUAAAAUGUAAGUUCAGAGUUUCGGAUGUGUCACUGCAAUCAUGAAACCAAUAGAGCCAUUAUGGUAGUGUUUUGUUGGCAAAUAAUCCAUUUACAGUUUGAAAACUCAUGAAGGGACUGAUCAAAUUCAUUGAAGGCACUUUAUAUAUACCUUCAUUUAUAAAAACAUCUAAGGUCAUUAAAAACAUGAUAUUUCCUUUAAUAAUAUUACUCAUACAGACCCAAAGAUCACAGUCUGAGCCUGACCACUCUGCUCAGUGCUGGUUCCUCCUCUAUAAGUUUACUUAACAGGCACUUUGGAUGUUGUGUCUCUGUCAGUAGACUCCCAAAGAGCAGGACAUUCAAUGGCUAGUAAUCCUCCCAUCAGUUCUGAAGCACCAAGAUACAUCGAUGUUUAAAAGAAAAACAGCUAACCGCCACUGUCAUCUGUAAUUUGAUCCAAGUACAAAAUCACAAUGUUUGAAGGGGGCUAACUGUGGUUCCUAAGACGAUGGCAUUUAAAAUUGCUUGUAGGCUUGGUACACAUUAGAAAUGCACAGAGCAGUUAUGAUGAUGGUGUUGAUCCUCAGUAUACUGAACUAUUUGCCUUUUUUUUUACUCUUGUUGCAGGCAACAAAGUAGAUGACGUAGCAUUUAACUGCACCGUUUAAUGGAGUACCACAGUUCAUAAUAUUAAUUGAAAGGGUUAAUAGUAUGGCUGAAAGUCGUUGCUAAGUCUUGCAAGGCACUGUGGUUCUAAGCUAUUCAUUUAAACAUACUUGUGGUAACUGGGAGACUGCUAUAGGUUCCUGAAAGAGUAAUGCCAGUGAUGUAUAAUUUCAAAAACAUGAAGCAAAAUUCUUGGUGAUGUUAGGAGAUCCCUAUUACAUGAGAAUUAGUUCUUGUUACAGAAGGUGCCUGUGUAUAUAGCUCCUUUGUAUUGCUUUGAGCAGAGUCCCUUAUAUAUUUCUUACUAAUAUGCUCUGUAGAAAUUGAAUUCAGAAAUUUUACUACUGAUAAUUAAGAGUUUAAAGCCACUAAUUAUAUAAAAGUUGCAUAAUUUGACAGAUGAUCAUUUUAUAUUGCGUACUGUUUAUUGCCUGUCUGUUUAGUUUUGUGAUUGAAACACAGUUUUCCUUUUCACUAUGUUAUAAUGCUGUAUGCUGCUGCAGUGUUAUUCUCAUUAUUUCCAAGCAGGCAAUAAAG